CAGCAUGAUUCCUCCUUUGGCCUCGUCGGCUCCUCGGUACUAGUCCGGCUAUUGUUGUGCGUCUUUCGGGGCAACCCUGACCUAACAGCGGCCGGUGAUUUGUGAUAUUUUCAGUGUUCUGCCGAGCGGCUCCUCCGCCAUAUUUCGCCUCCUUUGUCAGGUGUCUGUGUGGAGGGAGACCGAGGAUCCCGGCGGAGGACUUUGGCUGCUGAACUAGUUAAUCGUUAUGGGACAGACGGAACACUGAGAUUCCACGUUACACUGCUGCUGUCGGCUCUUUCCACUGCUCGGGUUUGUUGACGGGAAAUUUAAAAACGUGGGGGGGAAAAAAAAAAUCAUCACAGGACGCAUGUAGCCGAAGUAUACCGCUGCUGAGGUCGCUUUUAAGGCUUGACGAUGGGUUGCGUCAGGAGUAAAGAGGGUAAGGACCCGGUGCAGAAGUACCGGCCCGACAACUCCAAUACCACGCCUAUCAGUGCCCACCACGGCCACUACGGACCCGACCCCACCCUGAUGGGUCAUUCACCUGCUAUGAAGACACACAACAACAGCUACAACAGUCAUGCUGCAUCCCUCACACCCUUUGGUGGGGCGUCUUCAGCCAUGACGCCUUUUGGCGGAGCCUCCUUCACCUCCGUGGCUGUGAGCAGUCCCUUCCCCAGUGUCAUCACAGGUGGCGUAACAUUUUUUGUAGCGCUGUACGACUAUGAAGCGAGGACAUCAGACGAUCUGUCAUUCAAAAAAGGGGAUCGCUUUCAGAUUAUCAACAACACGGAAGGCGACUGGUGGGAGGCCCACUCCAUCAACACAGGCCAGAAAGGUUACAUCCCCAGUAACUACGUGGCUCCAGCCGACUCCAUACAGGCUGAAGAAUGGUACUUCGGUAAAAUGGGCCGCAAAGAUGCUGAGCGUCUCUUAUUGGUUCAGGGAAACCAGCGUGGUACCUUCUUGGCACGAGAGAGUGAGACAACCAAAGGUGCCUACUCUCUUUCUAUUCGGGACUGGGAUGAGGUGAAAGGUGACAACGUCAAACACUACAAGAUACGCAAGCUGGAUAACGGUGGUUAUUACAUCACCACACGAGCACAGUUUGAGACGCUACAGAAGCUGGUGAAACACUACACAGAACAUGCGGAUGGUCUGUGCUACAGGCUGACGACUGUGUGUCCCACAGUGAAGCCACAGACUCAGGGACUAGCUAAGGACGCCUGGGAAAUCCCAAGAGAGUCCCUCCGACUGGAGGUCAAACUGGGACAGGGCUGCUUCGGUGAAGUCUGGAUGGGCACAUGGAAUGGUACUACUAAGGUGGCGAUCAAGACCCUGAAGCCAGGCACCAUGUCCCCAGAGGCUUUCCUGCAGGAGGCUCAGAUCAUGAAGAAACUAAGACAUGACAAACUGGUGCCUCUCUAUGCUGUUGUGUCUGAGGAACCCAUCUACAUUGUUACCGAAUUCAUGGGCAAAGGGAGUCUACUGGACUUUCUUAAGGAGGGAGAUGGAAAAUACCUGAAGCUGCCCCAGCUGGUGGACAUGGCCUCACAGAUUGCAGACGGCAUGGCCUUCAUCGAGAGGAUGAACUACAUCCACCGGGACCUGAGAGCUGCCAACAUUCUGGUGGCUGAUAACCUGGUGUGUAAGAUCGCCGACUUUGGCCUGGCGCGACUAAUCGAGGACAACGAGUACACCGCCAGACAAGGUGCUAAGUUCCCAAUCAAGUGGACAGCCCCUGAAGCAGCAUUGUAUGGUCGUUUUACUAUCAAAUCAGAUGUGUGGUCGUUUGGUAUACUACUGACUGAACUGGUGACAAAGGGCAGAGUACCGUACCCAGGUAUGGUGAAUCGAGAGGUACUUGAGCAGGUAGAACGAGGUUACCGCAUGCCCAUCCCUCAUGGCUGCCCCGAGUCUCUCUAUGAGAUGACAAGGCAGUGCUGGAAGAAGGAGCCAGAUGAAAGACCGACCUUCGAAUACAUCCAGUCCUAUUUAGAAGACUACUUCACAGCCACAGAGCCACAAUACCAGCCGGGGGACAACCUCUAGUCUGGAGGAUCUGGGGCGAACUCAGGCAUACCGAGGUACAUCAGUGGACAUCAACACUUGGAACAAUGGAAAAGUUCAACAGGGCUGCAAUCGUUUUGCUGAACCAGCAGAGAAUGAGGUUUUACAAACCGAUCCACAAUGACACUGGUAUACCGGAAAACAUUUUCUGAAGUAGAGCCUUGGCCCUUGUCUGUCUGGGGUCCAAAUAUUCGUGGAAGUGUCCAAGUGUGCAGACUGGUGCUGGUAUGUUAGGCUCUGGGAACUCUGCUAAUCAGAAUAAUCCAUAUGGGCUGGCCACAACACUGUGAUCAAAAAGAGUGGGAUUUCAAAUUAAUGGCUCCUUGCAGAUGCACAUUUCUUUUUUUAAAAAAAAAAAAAAACUUUUUUAAUGAUAAGUUCCUCCACUCUCCUUGAAUUUCCCACUUUUUGUUUUACAACACAAAUCUUUGAUAUUGGAGUCCAGAUCUUUUAUAUGUACAUGAGUUUGGUUUUGAAUAUGUAGGUUGAUAAGUCUGUGUUUGAGUGACCAACAACUGGUUGAAUUGUCAAGUAUGUGCUGUGACUGUAAGGUUUUGAUGGUGAGGAGACGUAAAUGAAAAAAGGUGUACUGUAUGGAUGCAAGAAUGUACGGCGAGAUCAAAGCAGAUGUACAUACAGUAUGUAUAAAGAUGUAUUUUUAGCAGGUGUGACCACGCAGGCGAGUGAGAGAAAGAGAAGUGUUUUGUAUGAUUCUUUUUAACACAGUCACUUGAAUGGCAGAUUACAUCAGUUUAUUUUGCUUUUUAUAAUUUAAUCGGGGGCUUGAGAUCAUACAGAGGUAUUUUGGUAAUUUACAAACAGGUUUCCUGAUUAACAUUUUAUAAAUGUUUAGAAAUGGACGUUUCAGCUGUGAAAUUUUAACGAGAUUGAGCUCAUUUCUGUGUCAAAUUAGCAUCUUGACUGUUCGGUGCACAGCUCUGAUUGCUAUAAAAGAUUCUAACAUAUUUGUCUGUAUAUUGCACAUCUACUCAGUUAAAUAUUGCAGUACAUGAGUUAUCCCAUGAUGAUCGGUACAGACUCACAACACACACAGGGCUGUAGUAUUUGUCACUCUUCUCCUCAGUAAAAUCCCACCAACCUGGUUUUAUCCAAAGCUACAAUUUCACAAAAGUAAUUUUAAAUGCAAUAAUGCAAAGCCAUCAAGUGAUGUUCAAUUUGCAUGUGCGGGACUCCCUCUAGGUUGUCUUUUCUCUAUUCCCAGUGGUAGACAGGAUGAAUCGCUUCUUAACUAGAACCAGGCAAACAGAACAAACGCCUCACACAGACUGUGGUCCAGGCAGGACGGUAGUUCUUUAAGGGAGAUUAAAACGGUCUGAUAACAGAUUGUUCGAGGUACUUCCACUCUCUGUGCAGGUGUAUGUGAUGGGAAAUUUGAGAGAAUUCAAAGCUACAAAGAUGUGAACUUUUUUUUGUAUUUCUUUCUGUUGUGUUGCUCACAUAAUGUUCCUAAAAAAUGGGGGCUUGAACUAGUGGGGACAUGAAUAAUGAAAUUAAUGAGAAUGGUAACUAAUAUGAUUUUGUACAGAAAAAAUAAAAGUUUUACUCAAA